UCCUGUGACGGGGCCGGCGGAGUGAUCCACAGCGGCACAGGUCGCGGAGACAGACAGAAGGAUCGAUAACAAACGGAACUCGGUGAGAAAAUUCAUGACCGGGACGAGGAGCACAGAGCUGGCUUCAGAUCUGCCGUGAGCCCCCGGUACAGGCGAGGAAAGCGGGACGCAGCGGGACCAUGGAGAGGAAAAGUAUACCCGUUAAGUGCAUUCUCAACAAGCCCCAGUUAGUCCGUGGUCUGAGUGGAAACCUACACCCAGAUGUGAAUGCCAGCCACUCCCGGGCUGGAAGGUCUCUCCUGACCAAAGUGCAGCGCAGCAGGCACAAGCAUCACUACGAAACCAACCAUCAAAUCAGGCUGAAACCUGAUUUAAACACAACACUACCAGUUCGACAGACAGCCUCCAUCUUCAAGCAGCCGGUGACCAAGGUAACAAAUCACCCCAACAACAAAGUGAAGACAGAUCCCCAGAAAGCUGUGGACCAACCCAAGCAACUGUUCUGGGAGAGGAAGCUGAGCGGCUUAAAUGCAUUUGAUAUUGCGGAGGAACUGGUGAAAACUAUGGAUCUUCCCAAAGGUUUACAGGGUGUUGGGCCUGCAUGUUCAGAUAAAACACUGCUUUCUUCCAUCGCCAGUGCGCUGCACACCAGCCCUGCCCCCGUCACCGGACAGCUCACUGCUGCGGUGGAGAAAAAUCCUGGAGUGUGGCUGAACACAUCCCAGCCUCUUUGUAAAGCCUUCGUAGUGACUGAUGAUGACAUCAGGAAGCAGGAGGACAUGGUGCAGAGUGUGAGGAGGCGGCUCGAGGAGGCUCUCAUGGCUGACAUGUUGGCUCAUAUAGAGGACACCACAGCAGCCGCAGCAGCAGAAGAAAAAUUAGAAGAGAAGGUUGAGCAGGUGGACAAGGAGGAAUCAUAGCCAAGGCCCGACGUGAUGUUUGCUGGUAAACUGGUUUUAUUUACCCGAAAUUGGCUCCAUGAAGAUUUUUUUUAUAAAGGUUUACAUGAAGUAGACCCUAAGCAGAAGUUCUGCAAGUCUUGUUAACAUACACAAAAAUCUGUUUCUUUUCUUCUUUUUUAUAUUUGACUAUGUAACCCUGAAAGGGUACUUUGAGUUUAAAUUUUUACCUCUGUAUGACAGUUUUGGAUGGUGCUCAAUGCAGUGUUACACUCAGUUAACAGCUGUUCAAGCUCAAAGUUAAAAACACAAACCUGAUGUAUGUGAAUGAAAAGUGUGUGUGUGUGUUUGUGUGAGAGACGUAUCAGUUCAUGUUCAGAACCUCAAGUGUGUUCCUUUUUAACUGUUCAAGAAGCACAUGUUGCUCUUAUAUUUGAACUCUGGCACUGUAGGUAGUGUUUAGUAGGUUGCAGUAUGUUUACAUGCACGCAGCACUCGUGUGGCUGUGAAUGAUCCUAUUGAGCUCAUUUGAUAAAGGUUUUACAAUUCAAAGUGCUGUUAUUUGUCAUGAUAACCUUUGUUUACAUGGUUUACAAAGUUUAAGUCCGGGGUGGGCCCAUUUCAUUUUGAGAAAAUCCAUCAAGAGGCAUACUAAAUGAUUGAACGCAAAUAUCACACUAACGUCUCUGAUGACGUCAGAUGGCAGAUGGUAGUGAUCAUGCAACUCGCAGCCGGGUUUUUAGGUUUGCAACGGUUAGUCUUGAGUCUUUGCCAGUUUCAGCUUUGAAAACGCUGCUCUCAGCCACAUGUUGUCCCAAACAGAGACGCAAUCGUCACUACAUGUCUGCUCUGAAUUAGGUAUUUCUUCAGGACGCGCAUACAAUUUAUAAAAUUCCCGCAGAAAUUGUGGUGGCUCUGAGCUCAUUGUUGCUUUGUAGUUUUGAUAAUUUUAUGUUAUAGGUCGUCAGGCACAUCAGCUGGUUCCACAUUAAACAGCUUAGCGAAUGUGAUGUUUGUUUACCUUUCAUGUCCUGUAACAAUCAUCAAACGCCUGAAGGAGUUUUGCAGACUCUCCAGCGUAUUCAGAUGUCCUAGCAUAGCAGGAAAGUUCACAGUGUUGCCCCCCUUUCUAGUUGCAGUUACCACAGCUGUAAGUGCCCCACGUUUGAAAGCAAGGAGCUAAGAGGCUGGUGGGGACUUUGGAGCUUGAGGUUGUUGGAAAUGUCUGCUGGGAAGGCCAGAUCACUCUGCAGCUUGCUAUCACUCAGUUGCACAACAGGUUUUCCCUUCUUCUCCAUGAGGUGUUUUACUUUCUCCCUGGCGGUGUUGGCAUAUUACCUUGAUUCAACCAUCGCACGUCUCAGGAUGCAUUAGUAGGCUCUUGAACUGGCAGCUGUGCAGCCCUCAUGUUGUCAUAAUACCAGUGUGAUGCAGGGAAUAUGAUUGAUGUGUUUAUGAUUGAGACAGUAGCAUACAUCUAAAUCACUUUCAUUGAUACUAAGAUUAUUUAAUGUUUUGACCAAUGCCACGAAUUCCCUUCCGCCAUAGCUGAGACUCCAUUUACAAAAAGGUCCCUUUAAAGUUUAGGGACCUUGUUGCAAAAUCAAGACUGUAUUAAAGUUAAUCCCCACCUAUCAUAGUGCUGUGCAUGGCUUGCUAAGACAGCCAGUCCUCCCUCACGUCCUAAUCAGCAGCGAUCCCACGCACAAAAAUGUGUUUGUUAUGUCUGUUGUUUCAUCGCAGGCCAGAGAGAAAAAACUGUGCGUUUCUUGUGCUGGCGUCAAGUGUUUUUUUUUUUUAAUAUAUAUCUUGUGCCAUAUCAGUAAUCUGUUUUGCAGAAGCUUUUUUCAACAAACUGGCAAACUGGAAUACUUUACUUAGCAAUUAGCUUGUGCCCCACAAAAGCUGUCUAUAUGUCACUUUCAUGUGAACUCUGCUCAAGAGUGUUUACUUUAUCCAAGAGCUUUUGUCCUUGCAACUCUACUAGUUAAACAUGGUUCCAGCUGUGAUGGUCCUCGAGAUCAGAAUUGUUAAACAUUGAGAAUGGCCCCCACAUACUAAACACACCUGUUUGUCUUUUCACUUCAAUUUUCUUCUCUUUUUGUCCAUUUCUCCUGGAAAGCAUCUGCAUUUCUUGAGAGUUGCCAUGAUGCUUGUCAGCAAUGAUUUGUAAUAUUUGUGUCUCGAGGUAUGUCUGGGACCUGACUGGCAUACAACCAGAAGGGGCCAGACUGAAGGACCCAAUAUUCUGCUAUUAUUUUUGUUUUAUUGAAAGAAAAAAAAAAAUUGUUCCCUUUUUUUAAAAAUAUUUAUAAAUUGUCCGAUGGGCUUAUAGGGCUCGGAGGCCGUAGGUCCCCCACCCCUGGUUUAAGCCAUGUUAUUUGUUCUGACAGAAAAAUUGUCAGUAUUGUUUUGCCAUGUUUGAUUUUAUUCAGUAAAGGAAAAUGUGUGUACCGUAAGAAAAUACAAAACAACAAAUGCAACACUCAUGUACCUCAUAACCUGGUGUACUGUACCUCAUUACAAGAUUCAUUAUUGUCUCUGUAUCACUGUGACACUGUUGAAUAAAUACAGCUGUUUUGUUA